GGGUCAGGUCUGGGUUUAGGGGGGGGGAUUCAUCCCCCUGGUGGGAUUUGGGCAGGUUCCCAAGGUGGGAUUUAUCCCCAUGGGGGGAUUUGGGCAGGUUCCCAGGAUUUAAACCAAGCCCCUCCCAAAUCCCGGAUUGUUCCAAGAUUUCCUGCCGUUGAGAUGUAAAUCCGCAGGUGCUUGAGCCGCUCUGGGCUCUGAGUGCCCAUUUUUCCCUGGUUUUCCCUGGCAAACAAACGGAGCUGCUCCUCUUGGAUUCGUUUGUCCCGUAUCUGUGUUUGGAUCCAGAAUCCCCGGGGUUUUUUUUUGGGGGGGGGGGAGAGUUGCUGAGUUUUCCAUGGAUUUUUAGGGGGCUCUGAUUCACCUGGAGUCCAAUACAAGUGAGGCACACACGGGGGGGAUCCCACUGGAUCUUAUUCCUCUUUAUUUGUCCAGGAUAAUGGGAUCUGUCCCAGGCUGUGUCUCUGCCCUGCUUUGCAGUCAGGGCUGUUAAUCCCCAGCUCGGCCCUAAUCCUGCUCAAAGGGAGGGUGCAGCCCUGCAAAUUCCCAUCUUUUCGGGGAAGAAAGCUCCAGGUUUUCCAGGAAAAACAUUCCCUUUCAUCCCAGGCCAGUGCUGGGCACCAAUUCCAUCAUUCCCAGGAGGCUGCAAGGGAAUGGGAAUUCCUUUGCCAAGGAAUGAGGCGACUUAUUCCCAAUUCCCAGGCCAUUCCAGGACCCUGGGACUCCCACCUGGCUCUUCCCAGGGAUUUAUGUGCUGUGGGAGAGCCUGGAAGGGAGCCUUGGACCUGGUGCUGGCCCAGGGAAGGCUCCACAUUCCCAGGGGGGGAAGGAGUGUCCUGGGAUAUCCCAGGGAUGUGGUGGGAGCUGGGGGGUCUCCCCUGUGGUUUCCUUGGAAUUCAGGCUGCCUGUGACACUGAGGGGGUGUGGUGGGGGUAAAUCCCAGCAGGCUUCCCAGGGAUCCACAGCUUUUUUCCAGGAGCCUUGGCUGCUCCUCCAUCCCUGGACAUCCAAACAUCCCUGUUACCCCAUUCCUCUGGACAUCCAAAAUCUCCAUAAAUACCACAAGGCUGCAUUUGAGAUGCCCUGAGUGAUCCCAAAGCAUCUGUAUCCCUCAACUUCCCUGUUUGGAGUCAGGAUGUUGCCAGCAAUGGGAAUAAAGAUCGUUCAAGCUCAGACAUGUCCUCCCUGGCGCCUGAUCCAGGGAAUUUUUUCUGGAGCAGCUGCCGGAUGGGGAAUUCACCAAGGGAAAUGUCAAAGCUGAGAUGUCUUCAAAUCCAGAACAAAAGCUUCAGCAAGUUUGUGAGGAUUUAGGGGCCUCUUUCCCUUGGUUUAAACCUAUAAAUGUUAAAAAAACCAUGAAUCUUUCCCAAAAACUCUUGUCCUUUUGGGAUUCCCAGAGUUGGAAAAACAGGCAGCAAGGGGUGGAAACGGGGAGAUUUUGGCUCUGUGGGCACAAACCUGCUUCUGCUUUGAAGGGUCCCCUUUUUUUGGGGUGGGGUGGGGGGGCUCUGUCAGCCCAGGGAGGGGCUGUGGCUUCAGGAAUGGGGUGCAGGAAAACGAGGGUGUGGAAAACGAGGGAAUGCUGCCUGGGAAUUCCCUGGGCUGGCAAACAGGGCGUGGGGAGGUGGUGACGCGUUUCUGCAGCCCCUUUGUCACCCCCCUGCCAUCCUCCGAAGGACUGGGUGAGGUGGGUGGCACAGGGAGAAAGGGAGAGGGGUACCAGGAGGAUCCCGUGGGAUUGGGGGGUCUUGGAAUGGGCUCCCUGGGCUGAUCCAUGUGCUCUCUCUCCUGGCAGCUCCAGGGCCAGCAUGGCUGCGACCGCCGCCGUCAGCCCCAGCGAGUACCUGCAGCCGGCUGCCUCCGGCACCCAGGACUCCCAGCCCUCUCCCCUGGCCCUCCUGGCAGCCACAUGUAGCAAGAUCGGCCCCCCCGCCGUGGAAGCCGCCGUGACCCCCCCGGCUCCCCCCCAGCCCACACCCCGAAAGCUGGUGCCCAUCAAACCCGCCCCGCUGCCCCUGGGCUCCGCCAAGAGCAGCAUCGGCAUCCUGUCCUCCAAAGGGAACCUCUUCCAGAUCCAGGGCUCCCAGGUGGGCACCUCCUACCCGGGGGGGCAGCUGGUUUUCGCCAUCCAGAACCCGGCCGUGCUCAACAAGGGCUCCCGCUCGUCUUCUUCGUCCUCCUCCUCCUCUUCCUCCUCCUCCUCCAACAUCCAGUACCAGGCGGUGCCCGGCGGGGCACAGACCAUCCAGGUGCAGCCCAACCUCGCCAACCAGAUCCAGAUCAUCCCAGGCACCAACCAGGCCAUCCUCACCCCUUCCUCCUCCUCCUCCUCCUCCUCCUCCUCUUCCUCUUCCUCCUCCUCCUCCUCCUCUCACAAGCCCGUGCCCAUCAAACCCGCCCCGGCGCAGAAGGCGGGAGCGUCGCCGGGCGCGGGCAGCGUGGUCAAGUUACCCGGCGGCGGCAACGUGACUCUGACCUUGGCCAGCAACAGCCUGGUGGGCCCCGAGCAGGGUGGCCAGGCCCAGCUGCUCACGGACAGCCCUUCCAAAGCGGGCAAAAAGCCCCGGAAGAAGGCGGCGUCUCCCGCCCAACCCGCCGCCGCCGUGGCCGUGGCCGAGCAGGUGGAGACGGUGCUGAUCGAGACGACGGCGGAGAACAUCAUCCAGGCCGGCAACAACCUGCUGAUCGUGCAGAGCCCCGGCGCGGGGCAGCCGGCCGUGGUGCAGCAGGUGCAGGUGGUGCAGCCCAAGCAGGAGUCCCAGGUGGUGCAGAUCCCACAGCAGGCCCUGCGCGUGGUCCAGGCGGCCUCGGCCACGCUGCCCACCGUGCCCCAGAAAGCCUCCCAGAACUUCCAGAUCCAGGCGGCGGAGCCCACGCCCACCCAGGUCUACUUCAAAACCCCCUCAGGGGAGCUGCAGACCGUGGUGCUCCAGGAGGCCUCAGCCAUGGCCGUGGCUCCGUCGGGAUCAUCCUGCAGCAGCCCCGUGUCCCGCAGCCCCGGCCCGGGGGGCUCCAGGAAACCCCAACCCCGCAAGGAGCGCCCGCUGCCCAAAAUCGCCCCGGCCGGGGGCAUCCUGAGCCUGAACGCUGCCCAGCUGGCAGCUGCUGCCCAGGCCAUGCAGACCAUCAACAUCAACGGGGUGCAGGUCCAGGGCGUGCCCGUCACCAUCACCAACGCCGGAGGGCAGCAGCAGCUGACGGUGCAGAACGUGUCCGGCAACAACCUGACCAUCAGCGGGCUGAGCCCCACCCAGAUCCAGCUCCAGAUGGAGCAGGCGCUGUCUGGAGAGAUCCAGCCCGGAGAGAAGAGGAGGAGGAUGGCCUGUACCUGCCCCAACUGCAAGGAUGGGGAGAAGAGGCCGGGGGAUCCAGGGAAGAAGAAGCACAUCUGCCACAUCCCUGAGUGUGGCAGAACCUUCCGGAAGACGUCCCUGCUGAGGGCCCACGUGAGGCUGCACACGGGGGAGAGGCCCUUCGUGUGCAACUGGGUGUUCUGCGGGAAGCGCUUCACGCGCUCCGACGAGCUGCAGCGGCACGCGCGGACACACACGGGUGAGGGACCCAAA